UCACAUCAGUCCCAACUGCACAAUGAAGAAAAUCGUUUGUGAUGGAAAGCCACACUUAUGCCUUUUUGCAGUGAAAAAGUUAUCUCCUGGCGAGGAGAUAACUUAUGAUUAUGGGGAGUCCUCUUACCUAUGGCGCUCAAGGGAAUCCAAUGAAGGACCAAGUACAUCACAGACGAACCAAACUGAGAUUGCAUCUUCUCAACUGAAUAAGAAGGAAUCCAAUGAAGGACCAAGUACAUCACAGACGAACCAAACUGAGACUGCAUCUUCUCAACCGAAUAAGAAGGAAUCCAAUGAAGGACCAAGUACAUCACAGACAAACCAAACUGAGACUGCAUCUUCUCAACCGAGUAAGAAGGAAUCCAGUGAUGGACCAAGUACAUCACAGAUGAACCAAACUAAGACUGAAUCUUCUCAACUGAAUAAGAAGAUUGACUUGGCAGCUCCCGUUUCUGCAGAACACUCUGCUGUUAAUGAUCGUCUGCCUGAUAGUGGACCAGUCCAAGUUGAGAAGUCUGUAAAACUCAACAAUCCCCGAUGUCGCUCUGCCAAGAAUAAAGUUGAUUCCCCAAAGACAGAUUCUUCUAAAGCAAAAGCAUUUGUGUCACAAUCCAAAGAUGAGUCAUGCAUCCAGCAGGAUGAUGACUCUGAUUCCAGCUGGGAUGACUGCAGCUCUGAUGAAGACUACACACCCCAUCAAUACGAAGUCUCUCCUCGCACCAGAACUAAUCGUUACAGAAGCUUCUGCUAUGUGUGUGGGAAACGGAUGCAAAAAGUAGCUCAUCACCUUCGCACUCACAAAGAGGAAGAACCUGAUAUUGCUCAAGCAUUUGCAUGUGACAAGACUGUCACUGAACGGAAAAAGUUAAUUGAAGAGUUGAGAGUUAGAGGUAAUACCAAGAAAAGCAUUCAAGACCAAUUGAGUGGAAAUUUGAAUGCAGCAAGAAUUGCGUCAAGUGUGACAACUAAUGUUCCAUUGGCACAGUGUCUGUACUGUAAUGGCAUGUAUAUUCAGAAGACACUGUUGAUGCAUAUGCAACAAUGUCGAUCAAGGAUGACCUUCAGGGGUCAACCUACUGGCAAGAGUAUGCUCACAAAUUUGAUUGCUACUCCAAAGUCAGCAUGUUUGCAAGAAAUUCCAUCAUAUAUGGAGAAAUUGCUAGUACAACUGAAUGAUGCUGAGAUUGCUUCUCUCAUUCAGAAGGAUUUCCUUAUGUUGCGGCUGGCAGAGUUUAUGUACCGGAAACGUAGGAAUCAACUUAAAGAUGAAUACAUUAGACAAAAGCUAAAGGACAUGGGAAGACUCUUGUUAACCCUGAGAAAAAAGUCAAUACUUAGUUUAGAAGAAGCUGUCAAACCUGGCAAUUUUUUCAAACUUGUUGAAGCCGUCAAAGAGUUUGUUGGUUUUAAUGAAAAGGAACGUACUUGGAACAGACCACAUUUUUUGUUGAAAUUGGUGAAUUCACUGAAGAUGAUUGGUGACAUUAUUUUAAACAUGGCUUUGGCAAAUGGUGCUAAGCAGCGAAUAGAAGAAGCACACACAUUUCUUAAAUUGUGUGCAAAAGAAUGGGGUCUGAACAGAACAGAAACAAGGUUAAUCAACCCAUUCACCAUACCGUUCACACAAGAUGUGCAGCGUCUCUAUCUGCACUUGGAAGAUGCGUUUAGAGCAGCAGUUAAAUACCUGCAGCUGUAUCAGAACCCACAGGUUUAUGUUGCACUUGCCAAAGUGACACAUGCACAAGUGUCCAUCUUCAACAGACAUCCAUCAGAUGUUUCAGAACUGACAGUGAAAGCAUUCAUGGAAAGACAAGAGACUGAGACUCACAAAGAUGCCUCUGUUCCCCAGUCAGAGCUUGACAAAGUGUUAUCCAAACACUUUGUAACAGUCAACAUUUUGAACACAGAUGGCAAAAAAGUUGCACUUUUGUUAACCUCUGAACUCAUCAGUGCAAUGAAACUGCUUGUGGACAAAAGAGAUGCAUGUGAGAUACACAAGGACAAUCCUUUCUUAUUUGCAAAACUCACAGCGAAGUAUCAGAGCUUUUAUGGGCAAGAGUCCAUCAUGGAUUUUGCUACAAGGUGUGCUGCAAAGAACCCAGAGUAUCUUAGGUCUGUGCAUUUUCUAAAGCACAUUGCAAGAGUGUUCAAGAUUCUCAAGCUUGUGAACAACGAUCUUCCUCACCUGGCCACCUUGUUGGGAGUUAAGCUUCGGCUUGAAAAGGAAUAUUAUCGUUUGCCAGAGGCGGCUGUUGACAUUGCCAAAAUUGCACAGUUGCUUUUGGCAGCAGAGGCAGGAUCUCUUGAAAGAUUUCGAGGAAAAAAUCUGGCUCAAAUUGAGAUUGCAGAUAAAUUGCAGCCAGAUGUAGACCACGACAUCCCUGAAGAGAGUACUGCCAAGAUACAAGAAAAAGAAUCAGUUUCAACUCCUUUUCAAUCUGGUUCUUCAUCUCCAAAGACCUCAUUACUGGGAAAAUGUGACACGGGAGCCACUCCCCAGCGUUACAAAUCCACUGUUACACUGAACAGUGAGAAGAAGAAUGAAGUCAACAAAGAUAAGACUGACCCACCAGAAACUUUAGAAGAUGAUGACGACAACAUGGAGGUCGACCAAGGUGGUGACUCAAACAACUCAGCAAUGACAGCUUUGGCAACAGCUCUCAGAGCUCAAAGAGAAAAUCGAGGAAAGCAUUUAGGACAACAUACUACAAAGACUGGACCUUGUAACAAGCCUUCCACUAGCACAGAGAUUGCUGAAAACUCUAGUUCUAAAGGCCCCAGUAGAAUGAGUAGCAGUGGAACAGUAAAUGAAACAGCUCAGAAGAAAGAUGAACGGAAAAAUUGGAAGGGUCUAAAAGGCAGAAGUUUGCCUGUCCAGCUAUGUGCAGAAAGUAACACACCUGCACUCAUGGGGUUGAAAGAUUUGAAGAUAAUGAUACCCAAAUUGGACAUUCGGGAUUUGCAUAUGCCAAUCCAUACUUCUCAGCUUGCAUCAUUGGUUCCAGCCGAUUCAUCAAGUCAGUUGAUUCAUGGGAACAAAAACAAUCAUCUAAAACGUACAACAUCAGCUGCUGUUACAAACCAGCCUCACCGAACAAUGGUCUCAGAAAUGUCCUGUCCACACUGUAAAAAGAGCAUAAUAAGGGGACAGACUGCUUACCAGAAGAGGGGAUACCCACAGGUCUUCUGCUCUAAAAACUGUUUAUUUGCAGUAUUUCCUGCCAAAAAAGCUGUUACCAAGACCUGCCAUUACUGCCUUAAGUUAAUAAUCCAGCCUCAGAACAUCAUUGUGGCCCCAGUGGAUACAAAGGGAACAAUGAAGAACUUUUGCAACAAGACUUGCUUGUCCUCUUUCAAGUCUAACACUGUGUCUCCCUGCAGCAUAUGUAACAAGGGCACUGCCUCACGUGAGGCGAUGUUGAGUGGUGUUGUCUACAAGUUUUGUAGCAAAUCCUGCUUGGACCUGUUAAGCAGGAAAAACAAAUCAUCGAAAGUAAUCUGUGCAAACUGUAGCAUCAUCUGUUACAACAAACCACUUAUGCUGAAGGUGGAACAAGGCAUCAAAAACAUCUGUAGAGAGGAAUGUCUGACCAAGUUCAAAGAGAAACUCAAGUCACCACAGCAGUGUACCACGUGUCACACAUCUGGCUUCAUAUGGAACAUGGUUGAAAGCAAAAGCAGCGAGGGCGUAAUUGAGCUUUUUUGCAACAGCAGCUGUGUGACCGCAUACAAGUCGCAGAUUGCAGAUUCAUCAGGAGCUAGUCCAGCAUCAUCUGAUCAAUUGAUGGCACAACUGAAUGUUGAAAAGAGCAAUUUAGCCAUCACUGCAAGUGAAAAAGAUCUGCCUUCAGAAAUUGAGACCACACAUACCGUCAGCACUGCAAGCUCUUCCACUGCCUGCUUCCACUGCAAGAAGAAACUGGACAAAGGGCAGACAAUUCACCAAACAAAGAACUCACAGCGUGUCUUCUGCUCUCACACAUGCUUCUCUGCACACCAUCUCCACAUCAAGCUAGUCACCAAAAAAUGCUACAACUGUAAUCAGAACAUAUUGCAGGCUAACACCAUCAUCUUGGCCCCGGUUGAUGACACAGGAAUCAUGAAAGAGCUGUGCAGUGAGGCCUGCCUGUCUUCAGUCAGUUUCAAGAUGAACACCAAAUAUCUGCAGUCAGUUGUACCUUGGUCUCAGUGCAAGAGAUGCAAGAGGUUCCACUUUUGCAAAUACAAGUUGACAGUGGAUGGCACUGUCCUCAGGAUUUGCAACAAUACCUGUUUGAUGGACUACCGCAACGACUACAACAUCCCUUUACUUUGCUGUGACAACUGCAGCGCUCUCUCUAACAAGCCACUCACAGUGAAAUUGAGGGCUGGCAGCAAAACCAUCUGCACUGCAGAAUGUCUGGCCAAGUUAAAGGAGAAAACAGUCACACCUGAGCUGUGCGCCAUGUGCCAGACUCCCCAUCAGAUGUCAGACAUGGUGGAAGAUGAGAAAGUUGGGGGAGAAUUGGACUUUUUCUGCAGCAACAGAUGUAUGAUGGUGUACAAGACCCAAUCAGGAAAGAAUAGCCCUUCAUCCUCUUCAAAUGGAGCAAAAGAUGUGAAUCCGUCAGCAUCAAGUUUGGACUUUAUAAACGAUGAGCCUCUGGAGUGCAGGCAGGAUAUUUACUCCUCCAUGUUCUCUGAUGACAUCAUACGUGAAUCAAAUAUGGCACAGCAGGAGCAGUGUGCUUCAGUCUUGACGGAAAUCUCUACAUCUGCACCCCCUGAGAUGGAGACUUCAAAUAACGAAAUGGAGAAUUCAAAUAAAGAGAUGGAGACUUCAAACAAUGAGAUGAAGACAUCAAACAAUGAGAUGCAGAUUGUACCCAGUGUCACCCGCAUGACUUUCCACAAGAGCUGCUCCUACUGCAAGAAGGUCCUGGUGGAUGGACAGAGUGUUUAUCAGAAGAAGGGCGACAUCAGUCUUUUCUGUUCCACUUCGUGUAUUUCAGUAUUUGAUCAAGUCAAACCAGUUAAGAAGAACUGCGACUUCUGCUUCCAAGCAUUUAAACAGUCUGAGAGCAUUAUCCAGGCUGCAGCGGAUGACGGGUCAAUGAAGAACUUCUGUAGCCAGACCUGCCGUGCCUCAUUCAACUAUAAAAGAAUCAUGUCCUCCAAAAUGCCACCAGCAGCACCACACUCCAUCUGUAGCAUCUGCAGCAUAUGCACCAGAUACUGCAUUAGCAAACAUGAGGUCAUAUUCCACGACAUUGUCCACAAGAUUUGCAGUGACCCCUGCUUGUCUCGCUUCUUCAAGAUCAACAACCUGGCCACCUGUGAGAACUGUGACUCCCGCUGCCACAAUCCGCUAACCCUAAAUAUUGGGGAAAACAAUAAAGCCCUCUGCAAUGAAGUAUGUCUGGCAGAGUAUAAACAGAAAAUCAAAACUCCACAACCAUGUUCUGGCUGUUGCACUCCCCACCUGAUGUCUGAGAUGGUUGAAAACAAAAACAGCGAGAACGUGAUCAAGCUCUUCUGUAAUGACGGUUGUGUGAUGGCGUCCAAGAUCCAGGCUGUCAUUGAAUCAGGUUUCUCUCAUAAUCUUUUCUCUACAGAUGCUUCACUGAAUUGUGACAAUUGUGGGAAGACCACACUACCCGUGUGCCACCUCACCAUGUCAGAUGCCUCCAUCAAGAACUUUUGCAGUCUGUCCUGUGCCAUGACAUUUAAGGAAACUGACAAACAAAUUGAUGUUCCCAGUAACACAUCAAAAUCCCCCUCCAAAGUGGUCGGUGAUGAAACUCUGGGUGAUUUGCAAAAAUUGCCAGGGAAACUGACAUGUUCCCAGUGUGGACGCACAGUCAAAAGCAUACCCAAACUAAUCCAGCUCAAGGACAGAAUGGUUUUUGUGUGCGGUUUGUCCUGUUCUGAUGAGUUCAAGAGGUGGAACAACAUCACAAGGAAGUGUGAAUAUUGUAAGAAGGAACGCAUAAUCAAAGACUCCAAGAGAGUUAACAACAGUGACCGUCACUUCUGCAGCAAUCGCUGCAAAUUGUUCUUUGAACGUGGGCUGAAAAAGAAGUGGGGGAAACACUGUCAAACCUGUGACUACUGCUUCCGUAGCUCCAAAACAAUAGUGACUUCAAAGUAUAGAGGCAGGACAUUUUGCUCCAGUGAGUGCAGCUCCAAGUACAACCUGUUAGUCCAUCAUCAUGCCAAAUGUGAUGCCUGCGGUUCUCAGGGGAAACUGAUGCGCAGCCUUCCCAUGCUUGGAGAGGUCAAACGCUUCUGUGAUGUGAAAUGUCUGCUUCAGUUCUGCAUCAGUAAGGCCCAGUUUAACAGCAAAGAUGAACAUUCAACAAGUGAUUCAGCAGUUAAUGAAGAGCCCACUCAGGCCGCCAACAACAUUGUCUUGCUUGCUAGCACACUUAAUAGUCAGCUUGCUGCUUCUUCCAGUACUGCACAGCAAGGUGCAGUCUGUGGCAUGGAAGCAAAGGUCACUGAGCAAGCCAGUACACAGACAGUUGCAGAGAAUGUCCCAUGUCCUCCAGUACCCAAGGUCCUAGCGAACAAGGCUUUGCUCUGUAUGUCUUUGGUCCACAACAAAGGAGUCUCCUGUAUAAAACGGGCUGUUGACAGACAGACACAGACAGAUUUAGUUCCUUCAACCAUGCCCCUACCUGUCCCAGUACCAGUGUAUGUACCAAUGCCAAUGACUAUGUACAGCCAGUACACCCCAAAACCAGUGGGUCUUCCUUUACCGGUACCUGUGCCCAUAUUCCUGACCGCAAUGUCGGAUAGCUCUGAGCCAACUGAGGAAACCAUCCAAGAAACGGCCCAGUCCGAUGCCGUCAAUGCAGACGUUGACCUCAAGUCUAACAUGGUCACGAACCAGGAUAAGAAGGAUGAAGAAAAGGAGCAGGAUGAUGGAGAGGAGUUGAAAGAAAAACAAGAAAACUCAGAAGAUCACACCAAAAAUACCACGAAUGACAUGGAUACUGUUGACCAGGACAGCGUCAUUAAACACCAGGAGGACCCUGCUUUGGACACCAGCCUCGGGUUACCCAGCUUGCCACACUCAAACAACAAAUUCACUCAAGGUAUGGACAUUUCUGUGAACAUUCCCACAGAGUCUGACCCUGAGCCCACACCUCUUUGUCCACCUCCUGCUACGGAGGAAAAAACCCAGCCAUCUGACACCUCGCUCAAUCUGCCACCUAUUUUGUCACAACUGCAAGCUACGAGGAAAGUGCAGAGCAGGCAAAAGGGUCGUAGGGUGCAGCAGGGACCUAAAGUGGAGACAUUCCAUAAAACCUCUACCAAGGAGACCAUAUCUGUGAUCCCACAAACACUGAACAGUCAGUAUGCCAUGAACGUGUGGAAGAGCUGGAUGCAGUGGAGGCAUUGCCAUCCCUCCCUUGGCCCUCUAUCUUCUCAACUGAUGGAGGUGAAGAGAGAUAUCCUUCUUUGCACUUCUGAUAACCUGAGGUGUGCUCUGAACUACUUCAUCAAUGAGGUGAAACAUCCCAAUGGACAGCCAUACUCCCCUGAUGGCUUGUUCUACCUCUGCCUCGGCAUUCAACAGUACCUGUUUGAGAAUGGUCGCAUGGAGAACAUAUUUAGUGAUCUGAUUUACUAUGAGUUCACUGUGGAGUUCACCAGGGUGCUGAAAAGUUUCAACCCCCGGGUCACAGCCAGUGGCUGUAUUAGGUCAUGUGUGGAGGAGGAGUUUUUGUGGGACUGCAAACAGCUGGGGGCGUACUCCCCCAUUGUCCUCCUCAACACCCUGCUCUUCUUCUGCUGCAAGUACUUUGACUUCUCCACAGUGAAGCAGCAGCGCCAGCUGUCCUUUGCCCGCAUGAAGCUCUUUACCAAGACAAACUGGAACAACACAAGAACUACCUUUCUGCGCUUCUAUCCUCCAAAAUCUGACAACACGGAGGCCGAGACAGAUGGUGUUCCAGCCAAGAAGCGUAAGAAAAGUGAGAGUGAAGGGGAGUUCCUAGAGAUAAUGGAGAACACUGAGAACCCACUCCGCUGUCCGGUCCGACUCUACGAGUUUUACCUCUCCAAAUGCUUGGAGUCAAUGAAGCAGCGCAGCGAUCUGUUCUACCUGCAUCCUGUGAACUCCUGCAGUCCCAGAAGCCCUGUGUGGUUCUCCUCCACGCCGUUGGAUAACAGCACCAUCGAUGCCGUGCUCGUCCGCUUCCUCACUGUUCGAAAGAUGAAAGCCUCCAAACCUGGGAGGAGCGGCAAGAAACAGCAACGAGCAAGUGAUGCGUCACGUAUACCUGAGCAGGAGAAUUGAAUUUCUUUGUCAGUUUACUUUAAAAGACAUUUAUCGCAUACCUGUAAAAUAAGAGUUUAACAAACUCCACUAACAUUGAGCUGUGAAGAAACUCAUCUCUAAGAUUAUGUGCCGUGCAGAAUUUAGAGCUCGUUUUGCCGAUGUUUUAUAGUUGUAAUACAUGUGAAAGCUUUUUGAUUCAAACUAAGUAAUAUGAGGCCUGUGUCCAUGUAGCGUUUUUUUUUUUUAACUUAAUCUGAGCAUUGUUUUUCAGUUGCUCCCUAUGAGAACAGGCCACAUGUAGCCACCUAUAAAAGGUGUUGCUCCAAGCGUCUUAUUUUCAUAGUGGUUUGCCUUUUUUGUGAGGCCACUCCGAGCGCUUUCUGUUGUAAAAUCUUUUCAUAAAGCGCUGGGGAUCACCACUGCAGAGCUUUUCAGAUAACCAAUCAGAUAGGGCACACAUCCUGACAACCAAGUACACUAAAGAAGCUUGUUUUUUGCCUGCUGUCUUCAGUCACCUGAUAUCUCAGUCCAUUACAAUAGAAACUAAAAGCUCAUCUGUGGGAGCAGAUUGGAGAGAAUAAUUGUUGAGCGUGUUUAUCAUUAUAAGUGUUUGUUGUUGUUGUUGUUUUGUUUAACCCUCAAGCAACCGAGUGGGAUCAUUUAUGACCCUGAACAUAUAUUUUUGUGCACUAUUUUUCUCAUGUUAUCAGGAAAAAGUUUCCUACCAUGAAUUUGUCAGUGUAUUUGUCUUGGAAUUUGUUCAUAGAAUUUUGCAGUUAUCGGCUGAUCCUGUGGCAAGUAUAAUCCAACCUUGUGUAUGACCCUGGGAAGAUCUAUGACAUUUUCGACAUUAUAGCUUCAGAUGUUACUGUAAUUUCCCCACUCUAAUCAUUAUAUUUUAACUCUGUUUUUGCAAGGAGCAUGGCCAACAGACCUAGAAUAGCAAGAUUUACAGCUGCACAAGCAUUGAGACUGAUUCUUGAUGCCCAGAGAAAGAGGAAAAGGAUGAUGAACAAAUGUAUUAGAGAGUGAAAAUAAAUAUGAAGAACCCUAAAAACAAUAAUUUAUAUAGAACUAUUCCAAUAUAGAGUCAUAUUAGUAGCUAAAUAGCUUGGUCAGCUGGAGAAUUAAUGAAAACACUAAGAUAAAGCGCUGCUCAACACCUUAACAGUACUAUUCUUGAGACACACACCCCCCCCCCCCAAAAAAAAACAAAAAAAAACGCUAUAUGGAUCCUGAGUUUUGGAGGCUGCAUUCUGAACAUUGUUAAAACUUUGACCUUUUGGGGCAGUCAGAAAUUUUUUCACUGUACCUUGACAAAAGGAACAAAAGUUUCUUGAUUAAAUUUACAUCUUUGUUUCACUCAGAUAAUUUGACUGUUGAUUCAAUGAGACACAGCGUCUGUUUUUAUAUUUGGUUUUAUAUUUGCUAAAUAAAGGUAUUUCAUUUUUCA